CAGGGCUUUCCCGUGAGGAACGUGAGGCCCGUCCAGAACACCAUGAACCAGGUCGGGAUCGUGCUCAACGUCCAGCAAGGGCAGACAGUGAGACCCAUCACCCUCGUGCCAGGUAAGGGCUCCUUUUUAGGGCUAAACCCACCAAAAAUGACAUUUCCAACUCAUGUUUCCCAGGGGGAGGUUCAGCUCUGUGGUGGGAAUUUUUACUGCUGCCCCGAGAUGGUGGAGUUCCUGAAGAAGAGGAAAUCCCUGGAUUCAGAGCCCCCCCUGCAGUCCCCCAAACCCCCGUCCCCGGAGAAACCCCCGGCAGGAGCCCCCCCUGCCCCGUGCCCGGCGGUGCCAGCCCUGUCCCCCUGUGCCAAGGGCCCUGAGGGGGGUGAAGGGGGCCCAGACUCUGCCCAGAGCAAGCUCAUCAUGCUGGUGGAUGAUUUCUACUACGGCCGGGACGGGGGCAAGGGUGCCCAGCUGCUGCCCUUCCCCAAGGUGCCCACGUCCUUCCGCUGCCCACACUGCACCAAGAGGCUCAAGAACAACAUCAGGUUCAUGAACCACAUGAAGCACCACGUGGAGCUGGACCAGCAGAACGGCGAGGUGGACGUGCACACCAUCUGCCAGCACUGCUACAGGCAGUUCUCCACCCCCUUCCAGCUCCAGUGCCACCUGGAGAACGUCCACAGCCCCUACGAGUCCACCACCAAGUGCAAGAUCUGUGAGUGGGCCUUCGAGAGCGAGCCCAUGUUCCUGCAGCACAUGAAGGACACCCACAAGCCUGGGGAGAUGCCCUACGUGUGCCAGGCAGCUCUUGAGGGAAUGAGGCACCAGAAGAAGAGUGUUUAUCACUGCAACAAGUGCAGGCUCCAGUUCCUCUUCGCCAAGGACAAAAUCGAGCACAAGCUGCAGCACCACAAAACCUUCCGCAAGCCCAAGCAGUUGGAAGGGUUAAAACCUGGCACCAAGGUGACAAUCAGGGCGUCCAGGGGACAACCGCGGACGUUGCCGGUCUCUUCCAACGACAUGUCCCAGGGCAUGGGACAGGACACAGCUCCUCUGUCCUCAUCCUCAGACCCCCAGCCCAUCUUCCUGUACCCUCCUGUCCAGAGGAACGUCCAGAAAAGAGCCGUCAAAAAAAUGGGAGGAAUUUUUUCCUCUCCCCCGCAGGCGUCCCAGGAGGAGAACCUGGAGGGGAAGUACCUGAGCCUGGAGGCCGAGGAGAAGCUGGCGGAGUGGGUGCUGACCCAGCGGGAGCAGCAGCUGCCCGUCAACGAGGAGACCCUCUUCCAGAAGGCCACCAAGAUCGGGCGCUCGCUGGAAGGGGGCUUCAAGAUCUCCUACGAGUGGGCCGUGAGGUUCAUGCUGAGGCACCACCUGAGCACCCACACGCGCCGGGCCGUGGCCCAGCCGCUGCCCAAGGGCGUGGAGGACAGCGCCGGCUCCUUCAUCGAGUUCGUGCAGCGCCAGAUCCACACGCAGGACCUGCCCCUGUCCAUGAUCGCCGCCGUGGACGAGAUCUCCCUGUUCCUGGACGCCGAGGUGCUGGGCGGCGGCGGCGACGACCGCAAGGAGAACGCCCUGCAGACCGUGGGCAACGGCGAGCCCUGGUGCGACGUGGUGCUGGCCAUCCUGGCCGACGGCACCGUCCUGCCCGCCCUGGUGCUCUACCGGGGCCACGUGCGGGCGCCCGCCAACGUGCCCGAGUCCAUCCUGCUGGAGGCCCGGGAGGGCGGCUACAGCGACGACGAGGUCAUGGAGCUGUGGGCGUCGCGCGUGUGGCACGAGCACGUGGCCUGCCAGAGCGGCAAGGGCAUGCUGGUGCUGGACUGCCACCGGACCCACCUGAGCGAGGAGGUGCUGGCCGUGCUCAGCUCCUCCAGCACCCUGCCCGCCGUGGUGCCCGCCGGCUGCAGCUCCAAAAUCCAGCCCCUGGACGUUUGCGUCAAGAGGACCGUGAAAAACUUCUUGCACAAAAAGUGGAAGGAGCAGGCCAAGGAGAUGGCGGAGGACUCCACGUGCGACUCGGACAUCCUCCUGCAGCUGGUCUUGUGCUGGCUGGCCGAGGCGCUGGAGGUCAUCGGGGACUCGCCGGAGCUGGUGCAGCAAUCCUUCCUGGUGGCCAGCGUCCUGCCCGGCCCCGACGGCACGGCCAACUCGCCGGCGCGCAACGGGGACAUGCAGGAGGAGCUCAUCGCCUCGCUGGAGGAGCAGCUCAAGCUGGGCCGGGGGGAGGAGGAACCCCCCGAGCCCCAGGAGGGGGAGACCCAUCCCGAGGAGGCGGCGGAUCCCGAAAUCCUCCACCGGCUCUUCGAGGGAGAGAGCGAGACCGAGUCGUUCUACGGCUUCGAGGACGCCGAGCUGGAGCUGAUGGAGGAGGAGGCCUGAGCCAGGAGGCACAAAAAGAACA